AUGACUGAAAAUCUUACACCGGCUCUCGCAACUCAGCCAGAAUGUAUUGUCUUUACGGACUGGGAUGGAACAGUCACUUUACAGGACUCCAACGAUGCACUUACAGAUAACUUGGGUUACGGCGAAGAGCGUCGCAAGUUCCUUAACCAAGAGGUUCUCCAUGGCCGCUGGACUUUCCGCGAUGCCUUUCACGAUAUGCUUGAGUCUGUAGACAUUCCUUUCCCUGAAUGCAUCACAUAUCUUAAGCAGCAUGUUAAACUGGACCCAGGCUUCCGCACCUUUUACGAAUGGGCUCGUGAAAAUAACAUCCCCGUCAUUAUCGUGUCCUCUGGAAUGCAUCCCAUCAUCCAUGCGCUACUCGAGUCGCUGGUCGGCGCCGACGCUGCAGCUGAGAUUCAGAUUGUUUCCAACAACGUUAACAUCGACGAGGCCACUGGCCGCUGGACUAUUGUAUACCGCGAUGAUACUGACUUUGGCCACGACAAGUCGCUUGCUAUCAAGCCGUACGCCGAAAAAUCACCCAGACCAACCCUAUUCUACUGCGGCGAUGGUGUCUCUGAUCUUUCUGCUGCUCGCGAAACUGACCUCCUGUUUGCCAAAGAAGGCCGCGAUCUCAUUACCUUUUGCGAGCGCGAAAAAAUCCCAUACGUAACUUUUGGAAACUUUGGAGACAUCCAGCAAGGAAUCCAAGAGUACAUGAAAAAAAACAAGACUGAAUAA